AUGUACAAGGUUGGCCAGACCGUGCGCUACAAGCCCGUCGGCGGCCCGGGAUCCAACACGUCGGAAAGCACCGGCGUCAUCAAGAACGUCCUCACCGAGCCCGGCCGCCAGGCCGAGCGGAACGUGCAGGCGAGCCAGGACCGCCCCCGCUACGAGAUUGAGAACUCCAACACCGGAAAGAUGACCUCGGUUUACGAGGACAACAUCCUGGAGGAGGCUUAA